GAGUCAUGCCAUGGCGACCGGCAUUGCAGGCAGUCAGGCAGGACCGGAGUAGAAUAGUGUGAAUUUCCUACCAGAAGGCGCCUCCGCUACAAUAUAGUAAUUUCGGUGCAUAGCACGGCGGAAAGCUUAGCGGAAAAGUAACGGCAACGGCGGAAAGCGCGGCUGGCGGAGGCGGAGGGGGGAGCUUCCGCAUCCACCCCUCGUCGCUGCUCCCAUGCGCCGCACCCCCGCCCGACUCCCGGGUUUCCCGCAGCGGAAGCAGCAGAGUCCCGUCAUGCAUCAGUUAUAGCAGCAGCGGGAGCAGCAGCCGUCUAAGCGGCCGGCACGGCAGUCAGCGCGGUCGACGCGAAGCCAUGGAUGGACUUUCCUCGUCAGACGACGACGACGAGGGGAAGGAAACGGGAGAGUUGGACUUUCUCGCGGAGGAGCUUAUAAGCGGACCGAGCGCUAAACGGGACGGCGCGGCUGCUUAUAACGGGGCAGCAGCUAAUAGCGGAGCAUCAGCGGGUUUUUUCUCGUACUCUUCUGCCGUGGCGAGCCGCGUGAAGUCGCACGUGAGGCGGCUGAGUCAGGUGGGACUCGGGGGAGGUAAGGACCGUCAGGCGGAAACUAACGCCACGUCAGCUUCCUCUGGUGCCACGUCAGAUUCUUUGUCCGCGCCUCCGGCGGCCCAGUCGAGCAGCGGGGCGAACAACCUCUCCCGUAUUUUUCGCCGCGUUUUCCGGCGCCCAAUAGGUGCAUCUUCCUCCUCCACUUCUGCCUACGAGAUCGAGCUCCCCCCUCUCCCAUCCGACAUCCCCCCGCAAAUGAACGGCGGAUACGCGUCCCUGGACGAUCCGACGGCUGGGAACGCGCCGAUCGCGUAUCUGACGGACGAUCUGCUCUUGGAGUGCCUGGCGAGGGCCGAUCGGCGCGCUUUGGGGGCCAUGCAGCACGUGUGCCGCACGUGGCGGGGUAUUAUUCGCACUGACGCGUUCCGGGAUUACCGGGAGGCUUUAGGACGGAUGGAGAAUCACUUAGUGGUGAUUAGUAAGGGCCAGACCGCCCAGUCCAAGGUCUUAAUUCAGUGUUACAAUUUGAAGUCCAAUUCUUGGUCUUGGGUGGUUUUUCCAAACGAGUCGUUAGCAAUAGACGAUUUCUCCCAGUGCUGCCCUAUAUCGAAUCGGAUUUUCCUGUUCGGAGGCAUACUCGCUAAAGGCCGUCCCCCGUUAGUGUAUGACGCCUGGACGAACUCCCUCUCCGCUGCACCAGCACUGCAAAUUCCCCGAUUCAAAUUCGUAUGCGGGCAGUGGAAGGGGAAACUUUUCGUCGCGGGCGGCAUCCGCCAGCAGCCAUUGGAGGAGGGCGAGGAGAAGAAGGACCUCCGGGCAGCUGAAGUUUUUAUCCCCGAGGGGCAAGGGCGCAUGGUAGAAGAGGGGCAGGGGAAUGGGGGAAGUGACUCGAAGAAGUGCGAGGAGAGGGGGGGGUCCGCGGAAGGGGGAGGGGAGGGGGAAGCAGAAGUGGGGGAGUGGGAGAGGAGGAGGCGGAGGAAAAGAGGGGGGUAUUGGGAGAUGGCGCCUGAUAUGGAGAGGGUGCGCGUGGGUGCGGUGGGAGGGUGCGUGGCGGGGCGGCUGCACGUGAUUGGUGGAACCAGGAGCAGCCACCAGUUCAGGGCGGGAGCCGAGGCGCUCAGUUUGGAGGUUUUCCACCCCAGGGCCCGAACCUGGGAGGUUCGGGAGCCGAUUCCGAAGCUGGGCGUCGUGCUAGGCUCGACAGUGCUUGGGCGAUACAUCUUCAUUCUUCGUUGCAUCGAAUCUGGACAAAUUUCUUUCGUCCGGUACGACACCCGUGCCAACGAGUGGAAAGACAUGCACAGCAUGCCCUACGUGCCCCCCUCCGACCCCAUGAUACUUAGCAAAGUGUCGUUUAGGUGCGUUGCCUCCCGAACCAGGGUUCUUAUAGUGCAAGUACGGGGAACGUGUGAGGACAUGGGUAUUGCUUCUUUCGCUGCUGGGAGCCGUGCUGGGGGAGGGAGGAGGGGGGAAGAAGGGGGGAGGGGUGAGGGAAGAAGAGGCGAGAGAGGGGCAGAGGCAGCAGGAGGGGCAGAGGCAGCAGGAGGGACAGCAGGAGGAGCAGCAGGAGAGGAAGCAGGAGGGGCAGCAGGAGGGGCAGGAGGGGAGGCAGCAGGAGAGGCAGCAGGAGAGACAGCAGGAGAAACAGCAGAGGAAACAGCAGGGGAGGCAGCAGGAGAGGCAGCAGCAGGGGAGGCAGCAGGAGGGGUGGUUGAGAACUGGGUACAACCUUCAGGAAAUGGGGAGGUAAAUGGAGAUAUGCAGAGAGGGGUGUUUGAUGCACCGGCAGCAGAGGCACAGGCUGAUGAUGCAGUUGUUGCUGGGGCAGGUGCUUCUGCGCCUGCUGCUGCGGCUGCUGCUUCUGCUUCUGUUGCUGCUGGCGACGAGCCUGCUGCUGCUACUGCUACUGCUUCUGGGGAUUCUGAUUCUGCUGCUGCUGCUGGUACUGCUGCUGAAACUUCAGAGAACAUUCCCAUAAACAUUGUCAAUGGACCAUCAGACCCUGUAGCAGACCUUGUGCCUGACUUGCCGAACCAUGAAGGUCCAAGGGAACGAGGAGGGGGAGGAGGGGGAGGAGGGGAGGAGGGGGUGGGAGGGGGAGAGGAGGGAGGGGUGGACAUGGGGGGAGAGGAGGACGGGGAGGUUGGGUUGGCGGUGUGGCGGUUGGUGCGGUGAGCAUGGUGGGAUAUAGGUUUGGCGCCCUGGCUCUCAUGUACGAACCCGAGGCUGAGGCUCGGGGAGGCUCGGUUUGGCAGCGGCUGCCGGACCUGCCUUAUGAGACUCCUAGUGCAGUCUGUGCUAUGCUUAGAUGUUGAGCUUGAUUGUUGUAUGUUUCUCACUUUCCCUUGCGCGUCGUUGUGUGAUUUUAGUAGGGCUCUUGUUUGUGGUUCGACGCCUUUUAGGUACACUCUUAAAUAAAAUGUACGGGUACCAUAUUUGCGCCUUGUAUUACACACGUU